CGGGCACAGCGCGCGCACGUCUCCAGCCGCGUCGGAAGUUGUCGGGUUUCGGAGUGAGUUCGGUCCUCCGAGUCGGUCCGCUGUACUGUUCCACUCGCCUCCGAACGCGGAUCGCCGCCGCAGUCGUAAAUUACACUAGCACGUGGCCCCCAGCCCCGUCCGACGGACACGUACGACGGUACAUUAACAUUAUUGUUGUCGUAUUAUUAUCGUAAUUUAAUAUUAUUAUUCGGCCGCGGCGCGCUUGGUGAUUUUUCGACGUUCGACGUAUUAUUUAUUUUAUUAUAUUAUUAUAAUAAUAAUAUACUAUUCGCGUAGAUAUUCCGCGACUAUUUAAUUUUUUUUUUUUUUAUUUUCGUUUUCAAGUGCGUUCAAUUUCGUGUUUUUUUCCGGAUAAUUUUCCCAUCGAUGCAGCAGACAUUAUGACGCGGUUUUCGAAUGGCAUGUUGGAGACCUGACGACGGACCACUGUCAAACAUAAUAUUUGCACACCGUUGUCCGUAAAUAUAUGAUACAUAUUUAUAUAUCGUCAAAGCACGGUUCGUCGGCCCUCCGGUGAGCUUUGUAUAUAACAGACGGGCACAGUGACCGGUCGUCGAAAGUAAACGUCGCAUCGAAGCGCGCGCGCGCGAUCCGAACCGUUUAGAUGAACAUGAGUUCGUAUCAGUUCAUGAACUGCUACCAGCAGAGCCAGCAGGCCCAACAGCAACAGGGCCGAGCGGUCACAUCGCCGGUCGACCCGCUACAGACGGGCAACAGUCCGGGCGGCGGCGGUGCCGCUUCGGCCUCGGCUGCCGACUACUACGGACAGGCUGCCCAGGGCGGUGGCGGCGGCGGUGGCGUGUACAACGCAGGCCCGGCCGCCGGCUGCUACUCGCCGCAACAGUACGCGUCGCAGUACAUGCAACAGUCGUCGCCGUCCAUGAUCGACUAUACGCAACUGCACUCGGUCAACCACCAGCAACAGCACCAACAGCACCAGCAGCACCAGAGGCUUCAGGCGGCUGCGGCUGCUGCGGCCGCUGGCGCCCACCUGCAGCACUUGCAGCACCACGGCGGUGGCGGCGGCGUCGGCGGUCUACCGUCGCCCGGUGGCGGUGGCGCCAUAUCGCCCAUAUCGUCCGCGCUCAACAACAACGUCGUCGGCAUGCCGUCCGCGGCCGGCGGUGUCGUCCAGUGCAAGUACGAAGUGACCGCCUCGGCGUCGGCCACGCCGAACGGCAUCAGCUCGCCGCAAGACCUGACCACGUCCGCAGCACCGCCACCCGGGUCCCGGUCACCACCGCCCGCCGUCGUCAUGAAGUCUGUCCGGUCGUCCGGCGGCCCGGUGGCCGGUUCCUCGCCCGCCACACAGGGCCCCGUCUCGCAGACGUCCUCGUCGCCCGCCUCGUCCAUAUCGUCCACGUCGUCCAACGGCGGUGGUGGCGGCGGCAACGGCAACGGACCAGCGUCUUCGGGCGGCAAACAGGGCUCCGGCCAAAACCCACCGCAGAUCUACCCGUGGAUGAAGAGAGUUCACCUCGGACAGAGUACGGUGAACGCCAACGGCGAGACGAAACGGCAGCGCACGUCGUACACCCGUUACCAGACGCUGGAGCUGGAGAAAGAGUUCCACUUCAACCGGUACCUGACCAGGCGGCGGAGGAUCGAGAUCGCGCACGCGCUGUGCCUGACCGAGCGGCAGAUAAAGAUAUGGUUCCAGAACAGGCGGAUGAAGUGGAAAAAGGAGCACAAGAUGGCCAGCAUGAAUAUGGUGCCGUACCACUAUCACAUGGCCGCCCAGCCCUACGGCACCCCGUACCCCUUCACGCACCUCACCACCUGAGAUUCGUAUUAUUAAUUUAACGGUUCCGUUUAGGCGGCGCCGUCGUCGUCGUCGCAUUCGCCGGAUGUCGGUUCAUCCACAUCGAAGGCGGGCAACGGCCUCGGCGUCGCUUAUAGCGGCGAGUACGCGAUAGGUAAGACAACCGUUAAAUUAAUAAUACGUAAAAAAUUUUUUGAAAAUAAAAUUCGUUAGACGUGCGAAAACGCGUCACGCGAACGUUACACGACGGACGGGUAUGCGUGAAAUUCGCGACUCCGCAUAUCGGCCGUCAUAACACUGUAACUAUAUAUGUAUGUAAAAAGUGUACAUUAUCGAUAUUAAAAAAAGUAAUAUAUAUAAUAUAUUAUAAUUAUGUAUUUAUAUAUUUAUAUUUUAUAGGUGAA